UUUUUCAAUAUUUUUCUAGCAACCGAAGCGAACGGACGUACGCGUUUCGGUCCGUGCCUCACGCUAUAAAGUUUUGUUUUCAAUUGUAGAGGGUAGCUUCAGCAAGUAUACCGCGAAGAGCGACAAUACUCCAGCCCCGUUUUAGUUCGUCAUCGCCUUUUUAUUUUCCUAGCGUUUCCAAUUGGGAUGUGAUACCGCGCCGCGACACGAUACAGUGAGCCUCAGUUCUUGUGAAUGUAUGGAAACCCCUGCGGAGAGCGAAAGAGUAUGAGAGAAAGAGAGCGGGUGUGUGUGUUUGUGUGAAAAAUUUUCAAUCUAGGUAGAAUUUUUCCGUAAAAUCUAUCCAAAAUUGCCUUGUGAAUUCUUGGAAGAAAAUGCAACCAAGAAGGCGUUGUGUCGCGCUCGUUGUGUGAUCAGAAAGAAGUUCGAAUUUAGUCCCGCCGUUGAAAACUCCCGAAAACACCUGAAAACAGGGUGGGUCCACCCAAUCCAGCCCUUGUUUUCCGGCAAUCGGGUGUGAAAAACGCCCGGUAAAGAAAGUGUCAAAAUUUCCCGCAAGUGUGUGUAUGUGUGUACGUGUGCGUGAAACGUUGUGAAAGAAAAGUCCCCAAAACGCCCAGGAAAAGUUUGCCGUGCUGUGCUGUGUGGUGUAUGUGAGUCUGUGCUUCAGGAUGAUUUGAAUGUCGCUGGAUAUUUUUAGCGCGCAUGGAGAAAAGUGCUGCUGCAGUGCGAGAUCAGUGAUGCAGUAGUGUGUUUGUGAGGCUGCCCAUUUCUCCUGCACCGAAGCAGCUAGUUUUCCAACCGUAGGAAAGCGGCCGAAUCGAAGCAACAGAGGCGGCACCAUUUUCGUACGGGAGAAAGGAAAGUGAUCAGCUGAAAGAACACCAAUACACCUGUGCAUUAGGGACAGCAGCAGCAGCAGCAACAACAACAACGGAAAAAUAAGGAAACACUCUCACACCCACCGGAGAGCACAAUUGUGAACGGCAAAGAAUGUACGAGUCGGCGAAGCAUAGAACAACGACAGCUUGCUGCACGGUGCUGAUGCGGCCACUACACUGAACAAGACAUCUUCUUCCGCCGGGACACCAUUACCCCCCGAUGCUGACGAUGUUCGCAGCGGAAACGACGUCGACGACGGCAGUGGCCGGUUCCAGCAGCUAGGCGGCUGCUGACACUCGGGAAAUCCGUCAGAUGCGCACCUGCCAGCAACCAAGCGAAAGCAAUCUCUCCCGUGACAUUUCUCGACGACUUCGAGACCGUCACACCUUCCUCAGCUUGUCUCUCACUGCCAAACCCGCGUGCGGGACGUAUACCGAUUGCGGGACAACCUCAGUUCCAGUAACGACGUGAGGGAAGACUUCGGAUUUGAAGAAUCAAAAUGAGCCAAAUCAUGCGGAAGGAUUCGUCAAUCAGCACUACGGCUGGCAGUGGACAUCGGCACCGUUCCAUCGACAUUGGGCACGGAGCAACCGGAAGCGAGUCGUCGAUCAUGGAUCUUCAUCACCGGUCGGCGGGUCCUCCGCCGCGAUCGGCACCACCGACCGGUGUGGGCAGCAGCGGAAAGAUGCCGCUGAUGGAGAAACCACGCACCAUCAGCGAUAGCGAGUCGGAGAUUAACUACGAUCUGUUUAACACCAGUAUCCACUCGGCGGACAGCGGAUCGGCGAUCAUGAACGCGUCCCAGAUUUCGACUACCUCCUGCGAUUCCACGCACAUCAAGAAUGCCAACCUCACUCGUUCACAGAACGCUUCUGGGUCCUGUCGCUUCCCGAAGCUAGAAGAAUGCGCCCACUUCCAUUACGAACGCGUCCAGCUUGGCAACCUUUCCGUGCAGCUCGAGGGUGACGAGCGUAGUGACUCCCAGCUUGGUCUCGCUUCCGAUCUCAACACCUCCCAGACGAACUCUAUCGGACCGACGGGUCCGUCCGGGUCUGGCUGUCCCACGAAAGGCGGUAGUAAUAUUUGGUUUAUCAUUCGCGUUACCGCUGGCCGAUCGGAUCCAUUCAUGAUCAAGCGUUCGUACGAGAACAUGUGCUUCCUGGACGAGAUGUUGCACCGGUGCGUGUACGAUCGGCGUGUCAGCGAGCUGGAGAACCUGCGGGACGUGCUAAUGGCGCUACCAGACGGUGGCGGUGAACAGCAGCGCCUGGACCGUAGUACCAGCGAGGAGCAGCACCUGGAGAAACUGGUCGCGGCCUAUCUGUCCCGGCUGUCGAUGAUUGCCUCGGAUGCGAUGACCUGCGGGCCGGUACUUACCUGGCUGCAGAUUGACAACAAAGGUCGCCGGUUGCCUGUGGCGGAUGAGCAGACAAUGCGUUGCAUUAACACUCCAGCGGUCGGUGCGGCGUACGGUGUGCGGCGGUACGUGGCCCAAGCGUGCGAUGAAAUCUCGAUCGAGGUGGGCGACAUGAUCUCCGUGAUCGAUAUGCCAAGUCCGGCCGAAUCUAUCUGGUGGCGGGGCAAGAAAAGCCACCUGCAGAAGAACCAGUACGAGGUUGGAUUCUUCCCGCAGAGCUGUGUUGCUACGAUCGGCGAUAAGGUGCCACGGCAUAUGCCAUUUCCGGCGCCACUCGUCGGAUCGCUGGCCGUGUCUCCCACGAAGCCUGUUCUUCGCAAACAUGGCAAGCUGAUUGCGUUCUUCAGGAGCUUCAUUCUGUCGCGGCCUUCUCGUCGUCGGUUGAAGCAGAGCGGCAUCUACAAGGAGCGGGUGUUCUCGUGCGACCUUGGUGAGCAUCUGCUAAACAGUGGACAGGACAUUCCAAUGGUGCUGAAGUGUUGUGCGGAGUUUAUCGAGGAAUAUGGUAUCGUGGAUGGUAUCUACCGGCUGUCGGGCAUUACGUCAAACAUUCAGAAGCUGAGACGUGCGUUCGAUGAGGAGCGCAUUCCGGACCUAACACAUCCGGACAUCCGACAGGAUAUACAUGCGGUCAGCUCACUGUUGAAGAUGUAUUUCCGUGAGCUGCCGAAUCCACUGUGUACAUACCAGUUGUACGACCAUUUUGUGGAAGCUAUCCAAACCCGGCUUGAUGCACCGACCGAUUUGAAGUUGCGUCUUAUCCGACAAACGGUUCAGAAACUGCCACCACCCCACUACCGUACGCUGAAGUACUUGGCGACGCAUCUGUUCAAGAUUUCACGCCACUCGGCGAGCACCGGUAUGACGGAGCGCAAUAUAGCGAUCGUGUGGGCACCGAAUCUGCUGCGUAGUCCCGCACUGGAGUCUGGUGGAGUGGCUGCCCUCAGGGGCGUUGGUGUACAGGCAGUUGUGACCGAAUAUCUGAUCAGCAAUUGUGAACAAAUCUUUGACGAUACUGCUGAUGAUUUUGGAAGCCAUUACGUAGAAUCGCAGCCAAACUCACUGAGCGAUAGUAACAGCGUGCAGAACUAUGGUGGUGCUGGUAGUGAUCAGCAGGAGUUGUCGCUGUCCAUGGAACGUCCGAAGAGCUUGAGCGUCGGUGGCGCAAAGCUACUCAGCCUGGAAGAGGCACGGAUUCGGAAGAACUGUAUGGAGCAGAGUGAAAAGACGAUACCAAUCAACAUCACUAACCCUUCCACACACAUCGGGUCUUACAUCGAGGUUGGUGGUGGACCUUCUAGCCUACCAGACAAAUACCACACAGUUCUUCCGGUACCUAGAAGUUGGAACAAACGGAAAUCACAUUCGUCCUGGAAGUCGAUCUUCACCCGACAACCACGACAGUCGAACAGCAAUAGUGAUAUUAAAGGCGGUAUGGCAUCUGCCGCAUCAUCGGACAAGAAUGCUUCAAUGGUGACCUCGGCGAUGCAACCAGAAAUUGGUGGAUCCAGCUUGGCUGAGGUAGAGGACAAGGAUACGGAUCACCGGCGCAGCGUCAGCAUUAAGGAGAGCUCUAGCGGACUGUUGGAUAAGAUGGCUAAAAGUUUAUUGUUUUCAUCUGGUGUCGAUCUAUUCGAUGGCAAGAAUCUGGCCAUCGACAGCAACUGCGUGCGAUCGAACUCGGUAGACAGUUUGCGAACUGCAGGCCACAGUCGGUCUGUUUCGCAUGACUCUUACUUCGAUCUGUUGCAGUCGCCCAUACGUGGAGUCGCAGUGGUUAAUGGAACAGCCAGUGGAGAUGGUGCCGUCACCUGUCCGUCACGUGAACUGUCCGAGUUGGGUCUAAACUUUGAUCGAGAAGAGCCAGAAAUGAGAAUAUUCUCCGAAAGUGAAAGUCUUGUGAGCAGUCCAAAGGUUGCAAAGGAGUCGGUACGACGCACCCUACGAGCACGGCCAGAAGAUUACAUUGGCAGCGGUCACAGCGUAAACCCUAGCCCCAAGAAGCAGCCACGACUCAACAUACCGAGCCCCUCGCAGGACACAAACAAGCAGUGGAACAUGGCGGCCCUCUCAUCGGGCAGUGGAAGCCUCGGUCAAGACGACGAAAGCCUCUGCAAACGCUACAAGCUGGAGGAUCAGCUGAGCGAUAUUCAGUUCAUCGAUUGCAGCACACCCGAACACCACAACUCCAUCGGUCUGAGUGGUGGACCACAGCAGGGUGGCUCGACUACGUCCAGCACAACGGUGGUCAACACAAUCUGUACCAGUGCUCAAGUACACAAACCGCCGCAUCAGGAAGAUUCGGCGGACGAACAGCACGAGGAUGAAACGCUUGCGGUCGGUCUGCGUAACUCGUAUCCAGGUCCGCAGUAUGCAUACAGCAAGUACAACUCAUCCCCCGCGAAAGAGACACGCUUCAGUUAUCCUGGAUCUGGUGCUGGCGGAAAAGAGAAACAGGCCAGAAAGGAAAAAGCAUCACAGCCAGUAGCCGCUGCAGCCACUAAUUCCGUGGUGGAGAAAGUUCAAUCCAUGAGCGUCGACGAACAAAGUCAACCGCCAUCGACCACACUCGAUGUGAUUGGGUUGAAGAAAAACGAAAGUUCCUUGUACGAAAGUUUUCUGCUUUCUUCUGGUCAAUCGAAACCUCCGAAAUAUCCUGGCCGUUACAGCUACCACCAUCCCGGCACGUCGGAUGUCGGUCGCGGUAGCGGAACCGGUGGUAACGGUGGCGGUGCUGACGGUAGUGGCGGCGAAACACGAAGCGAAGGCCAACAGUCUGCGUCCGUGCCGCGUAGCUGUUCCGAGAACGUAAUUCGCCGAACGGGCCCAGAACUGUUCCCUCCUUCCCAACAAUCUCACCACCAUCAUCAUCACCAUCACCAUCAUCACCACCAUCACCAAGCGAAACAGCAGCUAACGACUGUGCAUCCGCCGCCACCACCACCAUCAGCACCGUCGUCGGCAGGUACCACCGGGGCGAAACCCACCACUCCCCAAUCGCCACCGGUUCCCAGUCCCUGCUACUCGCUGCUGAUCGGUUCAACCAGUUCCGAUACGACGAGCAAUAGCAACAUCACCACGCCCGUCUACGACGAGAUGGACAUCACGGCCCAUCUGGAACAUCAAAUGCAAAAUGCCAAAGAAACGCCCGUCGACGAUUCGCCGAACGUUGGCGGUAAACCGCCGGCGACAGUGAAGAAACACGACCUGAAAGCGAUGAAGCGGGAGCUGUCACUUGACCUCAGCGGCGCCUCCACAAAGCUAACAGGUUCGACCAACUUCACCUCGGACAAUACGACCACCAACACUAGUCAAUCGCUUACGCCAAGUGAUUUCGCGUACCAAAACCUUAACCCAGACCUGUCCCCGAACGGUGCUCAUGUUGCAGCCACUGGUGAAGGCUCGGUCGUCGAAAUGACCAGCUUUAGUCAGAAGGCAGCCGCCAAAUCGCCCGGUACUCCGAUCAAGGCCACCAUCAACAUUACGUACAAUGUGCGUUCACCCGUUCGGAAAGAGCAGGAAGGCAAUGUGUUCCGGUCUAGCUCACCACCAAGGAACAUGGACGAAAGUGCUGGCGUGAAUCCGGAUCUAAUUGCGGAAGAAGAAUACCAACGCGAGCGGCGUAGCAUCUACGAAAAUGUGCUUGUCCCACCGGUCGAAGAAGAGGAAGAAAAGGACGGUGCAAUGGAUGAUGGAUUAUCGCCGUCCAAGCGUUUGCUCGAGACUAACUUCGACGAAACGAUGGUAUACGAGCAGGUCAAGUUUUUGAAGAACGUUGUCUCGGAGGUGAACCAUCUGGUAAAGAGUGAAGCCGACCCUCCCGGACCGAUGGAAGGGCAAAGCGAUGGUGAAGAUGCGGCGGCGGCACAUCGAAUAGUACCUGAUAUAUCUACCACCUCGGAGGGUGUUGCAUCAACUCCUAUCAAGGGAUCAUCCACUGUUGAGGAUGGUAUUAACAACAAUCACAACGCCAGCGGAGUGCUUGCGGAGAAUCAAGAGCACUACUGUGAGCGCAAAACGAAGACAUCGACGAACGGCUCCGGCAUUCCGAUGAACGAGGAAGAAAGUGAAGAUGUACCAAUGUCGGACGUGAAUGAGGAUAGCCUAGAAUUUGACAACACCGACGUAUCGCUGUACGAAAAUGUGGAACUCCGGAAGAAAUCCAACUAUCCGCUGUACGAAAAUGUGGAACGCUCCAACGCGGUUGAAUCGUGCUCUCCGCCAACAGGCAACAAUCCCACGGACACGCUUAAAUCGGUCCUAACGGAGGAUGAGUUCUCGUCGCUCUGUGCCGACCGAAGCGAUUUGGACAACGAGAUGGAGUAUCGGAUUGAAAUUCCACCCAAGAUAGAGUUGACGGUGGUGUCCCCGAAAACGAAGCUACUGUUGACGGACGGUGCUCCGGAUGCGGUGGAAACGGUCGUGAGCGUUAAGCAGCUGGCAACAAAGUUUGAAACUAGCCCGGUAGAUGUCACUCCACCGUUCGAUUUCAGUGGCAUCAAUCGUGGCCAGAAUCAUCACUUUCGGUCCUCGCUGAACAAUGGCAAUUAUGGCGCUAGCGAACGUGUUACGAUACGUAAUAAAUCUGCCAACGGCAAUGGUGUUACCGGUGGCGGCAAGGAUGAUCGGAGUGCGUUUGCCAGCUUUACACGCAGUCUGGACGAGAAUGCGUUCGUUCGUGAGUUUGGAAGCGGUCGUGGACGGUUGGAAAGUGGGGGCGGCUUUGUUGUCGUCGGAAGUACCGCAGGCUUCAACAAGAGCAGCCACCAGAUCCCGGCGGUGGAAAAGAACAUUCUCAACGAGAACAAUCCAAACCGGAGAAAAUCGCUCGAGCUCUCUCUGUCAGCGCGUCCACGAAGCAUGAAUCAACCAAAGAAAUUGCCCCCGUUGGGUACGGGCGGAGUUCCGACGGGUGUGGAGAAUGUCGACCUCAACGGUGCUGAUGAUGCGAAUGGCAAGGGCAAAGCAACGUCCGAGUGUUGUCGAGCGAAGGCGUUACAGCAGCUUGGUGGUGUUGGUGGCGGUGGUCACAAACAGACGACGGGCGGCAGUCCAACGGACCCGUCACCGAUGAAGCUAGAUCUCUCGAUGAAAAUCGAAGAUACCAAAGAGGCGCGUGCUUACAAUGUGCGCAUUACGCCGACCACCGAGAACCGGAUAUCCCUGGUGCAGUACAACUAUAGCGACGGGACGUCCAACAACAGUGGCACGGACAGUAUGAUGACUGAGGGUGGAGCUGGCUCACCCACCGGAACGCCCUUGAUGCGGGUGGUCGGUGGUCGCAAGGGUGACAGCUUUGCGGACGAUGACCGCAACAGUAUCACGAGCCUGAAGAUGUUGGGUAGCUGCAAGCUGGAUCGUUCGCGGAUUGAAAAGAUUAAGGAAGAGCGUCGCCAUCAGCUGAGCGAAAAGUAUCGUUCGGAAUCGUUCAAGGGCGAACGGGGAGACUACGGUGGUGGUGCGAACGGGAAGCUAAAGUCCAAAUCCAAAUCUGAACUGCGCGAAUUCAAGGAAGGUGAUCUGGUUGCGGAUCGGGCAGACAAGAAGUACGAUUCACUGCGCUUCCGUUCGAAAUCUCGGGCCGAACUGCUGUCCUCCGAUGGUCCUUUUCCGUUGGCCGAUUCAAGCUGCAAUCCGGUAGCGGGUAAGAUCGCUUCCGUCUCGCUCAACACGGUCGCUAUGGCCCCGCAGCCAGCAGCGGCAGCAUCACUACGUCCAACGGCACCGAACCGCACCAGACGAAUCAGUGACGAGAAGAACCAAAACGAUCUACCGUCAGUGGUGGCAAACGCCUGCGGUCCGAUCGCUGGUGACGCUUCCAUGUCACAGGUGUGCGAUAACAAGUUCGAGCUGAAAACACGCCAAAAGUUCGAUGUGAAACGCAGCAGUAUGGACUAUCCUGUGUCGUCGCCCGGCUCGGCGAACGACGUCAAAGACGCCCAGCAAGCGGUGCAACCACAGCAGCAGCGUCACAGCUUUGCCAAUGGCCGGAGCGGACUCGUCGUGACGCGAAGCAAUUCGUCUAGCAACAGCAGCAGUAGUGCGCAACGUGAUCGUUGCUCACCGCCCAUUUCCAUCAAAGACGUUGCGGCCAUGUUUGAAUCACGAUCGCAACAGAAUCAAUCUUAACGAGCACACCAAACGAUGGCAGCAAAAUGGACAGAACCCGAUGGACCUAUACUACUACUACUUCUUCUACUACACACUAUUGUUUAUACACCACCACCACGGUGUGGUACGUCAAUGUGGCUACAGACGACAGCAGCUACAUCUAUUUAUUGCAAUAGCUUAAAGAACCCUUUUUUUUCAUAAAUCUAUCUAUCACAGUCAACUACAGGAAACUCAGGUCGUUGAAUGAGUAUUCAUCAGUUAAAUAUAUAUGUAUAGAGUGCAACUAUACACGGCCCCCAGUUGUAAUAGAGGAGCAGCAAGAAUCAAACGUGUUCGAUUAACAGAUUAUCGAUAGGAAGAAAAAGAGAUUUCUUGCAGUUGCCGUGGUGGUGAUGCUGCUGCUACCGGGACUCGGGUUUUCCACUUUUCCCGGGGCACAUACCCACACGCACGGUAUAUCUUAUUAAGAGAAUGUGGCCAAAUCUAGCUAUCGGAAUCGAGACUUUUUUCCCCCGUUUUUUGUACUGUUCGCCUAAUACAACUAGUAUGAUGAGGUAUUUGGAGUAGCUAACAGAAUAUAAGUUGUUGGUGCAUUUGCCGACACAGAUCAAUAGCCAAACGGGGAAACUGUGUUUGCAAUAUAACCUACGAUGAAUCGGAAUGACGAAAGGAAGGAGCUGUCAGCUGUCAAAUAGUGUGAAAAAAGUCAGCUGCAGUCAAACUACACGCAUAAGUUGUAAAUAGAUUUUACGUUUUGCUGGUAGUGUACGUUAUUGGUUAGCGAACUAAAUCGCACUCAUUUGGAUGCGCUUUUUUGCGUUAUUGUGUGCUACAACAAUAUUGAAGAAGAAACUUGCAAACUAAAGGCACAUCACAAGUUUGUUUUAACAUUUUAUAUAGCUUUGUAGAUGUUUUGCUUAACAGUUUUCUGUUUGGUUCGUUUUGGUUUGAAAACAGGCGAAAAAUAAUGUAAUGUUUUGUUUUAAUGUAAAAAAAACAAUAUGUUUGACAUGUGGUGGGUUAAAGGUUGUUCCGCUUUUCUUAAUAGAAAAGUUAAUAGUUUUGCUUAAGUUUAUCGUUUAAGCGCUUUUAAAUUUGAUUGUUUCGUUCGAAUUCGACACGGAAUUCACUGCAGAAGAAUGCACUUCAGUUUGCUUAUUAUGACUUCCGAUUGCAAAUUACAAUUUACAGUGUCGAUUUAUCGUUUGUUUGGGAAAAAAAUUAUUUGCUUAAAAAUAUUUACUCUCUGUUGUUACGAGCACUAUCAUGCUGUGUUAUAAUUUGAUAAUGCUCACAAAAAAAGCACUGCUUUUGUGGCAAGAUAAUAGACAGUAGGCAAGCAUAUUAUACAGAUUUCACUAAACACACACCAUAGGAAGGGAAAGCGAAUAGUAACGAAAAGAGGAAAGUUUAUGUGUACACGAGAGACAAUAACAGGGCAGCAGACAUUAAAGAAAAUACCCUUUCCAGAUUAUGUAAAGCAAGAUUAUUCAUGAUAGAAACGAAUGGGAGAUAAGAGUUUAUACAAGCAGCUACCCAAUUCCUCAAAAUCGAAGCCAACUCUCCAAUAUAAGCUAUUAGCUGUUUGUACUACGGGCGAUAACGUUUUUCCAAUCCUCCAAAUCGGUUUUGUAAUUUGACAAAAAAAAAACAAUAGAGUUCCACCAGUAUUUUUGUGGGAAGGCAACUCAAUGCACGACGAAUUGUGUAUUAAUAUUUUAAGAAUUGAAAACAUAGAAGCUGCUUACAAUUAAUCGCUUUUUAUCAGACGUAAAACUACCAGUUUGCCAUUGCACUUAUCCUUGAACUAGCUUUCCCUUUGCCUAGGAGCGUCGGUUUAUCGCGUCUUGAUUUGUGGUUGGAAACCCCAUUUUUGAUAACAUCACAUCCUGUAAAUAUAUUGAAAUAGUAAAAGAACUGAACUUCAACUGCUCGAAAGGGGAAAUGAAAAAUUCCCUUUUUUUUGCUUAACCGUGUUUUCCGUACCGUUUGUAUUACAGGGUUUCUCAGACCAGUUCAACAUUGUACCACUAUAUGCCAACGGCAUAAAAAGGUAAUCCGACAUCGCAUAUGCAAUUCGACCUCGUUAACUCCCCUUCUCAACAAGGGAAAACAAACAUUCAGCUGCUUAAAAUCCCUACUCGAUAAUGGAAAAUACCUAGUGUUCGGGGCUGUUGACACUGCGUAAUUCGUUGUCAUACUGUUUAAUAGUUAAAUGUUUAACUCCGUUAACUCAAACGUUAACUUAUUUGAUAUGGUUUUGAUUUUAAAACAUCUAUUAAUUCUUUAAGAUAAGUCUUUUAGACUUUUAAUUCUUUCUGUUGAGAUAUUGUAAUGCUUUUUCUAUUCUAUAAAGCACCCUUCUUCCUCUUCUUCUUUGGCACCAUAACCUCUUCUUCGAAGAUCUUGACUUCGAAUCUUGAGCCAUUUUUUUCUUCGACUUGGUUUUUUCCGCAGCUGGAUAGUCACAGCCUUACGUACGGGGAGGCAGUCUGGCUGAGAUUCAAUCUCCGGUUUUUGCCGUGUGAAGAGCGGCGCCACAAUCGGUCGGCAUACUACCCUAUUUUUUUAGGAUCAAUUGAAAUGAUACGAUACUUAUAGUGCUAAACGAAGUAGUGUUAAAAGUGUGUCAAAAAUAGCUCUGUAAACCAGGCAUUUUCUAUUUUCGAGUCGGGAUUUUACGGAGUUGAGCGUUUGUUUUCCCGUGUUGAAAAGGGCUAUCGAUACUAAAUUGCAUAUACGAUAUCGGAUUAGCGUUUCAUGCCGUUGACAUAUAGUGUUACAAUAUUCAACUGGACUGAGUAACCCUGUACAGCUCUUUCCACCCGUUUUGCAGCCUUCCAGUUGGCUGUCUUUUUUGAUUAGCUGAAUUAUCAGGCAUAAAGCUUUUUUCCAUCAAUGAUGAAGUACGCCACUUUUUUGUAAUUAAAUUGACAAAAAGAAGAUCGUAGUUGCCAACAGUUGGCUACAGGGAGGCAGGAACUGAAUGGUAAGGAAUGAAAUACAACGCAACUACUGAGUAAUGUAUAGAUUUGAGCGUAAUUGAACUGAUUGAUAUUAGCAGAGACCAGCAGCAAACGUGUUUGAAAUCCCCCCAGAACCCGGAAUGCAAAGGAAAUGAUAGUUAUGAUGAUAUAUUAAUACGAAAAAAACAAA